AUGCCCUUUUGGAAGUCAAUAUCCAAAUUGGGGUUUCAAAAGGGUAGCCUGGUGUAUCUAUAUAGUCUCAGUGCCAUAAUAAUCAUACUGUCACUGGCGACUACGACUUAUCUUGCCGCCCAACUGGAUGACGCGGAUCAAAGAUCAGACCACACCGACCGUCAUAGCUUCGACCGACCCAUAGCAAUACAAGGACAAGGGCAACUACCAAUAUCUGAUGGUAGCAUCACAAUCAAUAAUUACGGGCAUGAUAAGGAUGAUGAUGACGAUAAUGGUAAUGGUAAUGAUAAAACUCCACCUCCCGAUUUGUUGCUCAGCGUUCCAUUUUACGUCUACGAAGAACUGAUAUGGACCAAUGCGACAAUCAAUGAUGAACCCAUCCCCCAUGUGGCCACGCAUGGGCGGCACAAGACGCGAUUCAAACACAGCGACGACUAUUGGUUCUAUGAGGCGGCCAUGAAACAUCCCAUGCGAACGACAGAUAUCUACGAGGCCAAACUAUUCUUCGUGCCAAUCUUUCUCAACUUUUUGGAUUACGCCAAGUAUGUCAAGCGAGACUUUUGCAAUCUGGGAACUUGUGGUUACGACUUGUUACUCGAAACGGAACGGAAAUUGCAGAAACACAAAGCCUUUCGCAAACAUCCAGAACGUCAUGUGAUUGUCCGGUCGUUUUACACAGCUAGUUGGGAACGUUGGUACAAUGAAUAUGAAUCGAUGGACAAAGGAUAUCGAAAGUUCAUGAACCUCAUCCCCAAAAUGAGCUGCAUAAUCUUUGAGGGAAAAGAAUUUAUUCCAUCGCCUCCAAAUCCUGCUCGCGUUACCUUGCCAUCUUACUAUGUGGGAACUGCAUGCAAUCAGUCACAACCGUGGGAAGAUGGCACCCCUGUCGUUCCAGGAGCAAAACCAUUUGAUGUUGCCAUGAUUGCUACAUUGAAGGAAGAACGGCUUGCCUUUCAAGAUCGACGAAAUGUGUGCAAUUGGUUGAAUCAGUCUACUACCGUCAAAACAUCCUUGUGUGGACCAGGCAAGCGCUGUCCCGCCUUGUCGCAGUCGAAAUUUGGAAUUCAUGCAGCCGGCGAUACCUUUGGAUCCCAACGACUCAUUGAUACCAUGUUGAGUGGAUCUGUGCCCAUCUUUACAUCUUUGGAUCAGUAUAGAAUACAAGGUCCUUGGAUUGAUUGGAAGCAGCUAUCUUAUUACUUGCCAGUCCAUGAUGACACAGCCUUUUCGGGACAGCCAGUCACCCAAUUUUCAGUGCGAAAGACUCCGAGCCAGGAAGCAUUUCUCGAAAGUCUGCAGAAGAUUUUGGAUGAUAAGGAAGGAUAUGAAAGAAGGCGUCAAAAGAUCUUGGAACAUAAUCCAUUGUUCGAUCAUGAGACCAUGUAUCCAUUCGAUACCUACAUGUACCUCAUCCAAGCCGAGUUGUUUCCGGAAACACGUCAACGAAAAAGCAGAUGGAGUGCUCUCUUGCUGCCUCCACCUUUGUUUGACGAGCCCUGA